AUGCUGUCAUACGGAUUCGCCUUUGUCAGUGACUUGGAGAGGCUCGGGGAGGUUAUCAAGCGCGUCAACAGGACCUCUAGGGACCGUGACAUGAUUACCAAGGAGCUUGGCUUUGACUGCCUGAUCUGGAACUCAAUGGCCAGUGUGUCUGAUCGUGAUUUCGUCUCAGAGACACUUCAGUGGGCUAUUGCGAGACAAGAGUGGCCGUGCUUUUGGUCACAUGGCUGGCUUGAUACACAAAAGGCCCUCCCCAGCACCUACAAGAAGGAUCUGCAAGAGGUCUCUGACAGCAUUCAUAUUGCCAACGGCGUGCUUGCCACCCUGAAAGUGGAUGGCGCGAUGAUGAAGGCUGCUUUAGACCCCUUUAUGUUAGCCACAGGCGCUGCCGAUUACCUGGUUCGCAAGGGGGUUCCUUUCCGAGAGACGCACCACAUCUCUGGUCAAUGUGUUGCCAAGUCGGAGGAGACUGGCAUCCCUAUGAAUGAACUGUCGUUUGAGCAGCUCAAGGCCAUCGACAGCCGCUUCGAAGAGGGCAUUACCGAGACAUUUGUCUAUGAGACGAGCGUGGAGAGGAGGUCAGCCAAGGGCGAUACCAGCAAGUCUUUGGUGCUGGAACAAAUCUAG